UUCGACAACCACUGGCCAACCGGAACAACGAUUCUUUCACGCUGUUUUCUUCUCUCCGGCUCGUUCGUUGUCUUGAGAAGGCAACAGAACAAUUUUCAUCAUGGCAGCUACACUGCCUAUGAACCCGAAGCCCUUUCUCAAUGGGCUGACGGGCAAACCAGUAAUGGUGAAACUGAAGUGGGGCAUGGAGUACAAAGGAUAUUUGGUCUCUGUUGAUGGUUAUAUGAACCUUCAGUUGGCCAACACUGAAGAGUACAUUGAUAGUCAGCUGGCAGGAAAUCUGGGAGAAGUCUUAAUCAGGUGCAACAACGUCCUGUAUAUCCGGGGAGUGGACGAGGAGGAUGAGGAAGGGGAGACCAGAGACUGAGAGGACACUGCUCUCCUAAAUCUCCCGGACCAGACAGCCGGGAUUGUUGUGUCGGUGAACGUUGUCGCCCAACAUGAGGGAUGUGUGUGUGUGUGUCGUAACAGUUUCGUGUCGGUUUUGUCUGUUGUGUGCGUUUUUUUCUACGAGUUGUCUGUAAAUAGAUAUUGAUGAUGAUGAGAACCAUGAUACAUUUCAUUCUGAUGAGAACAACCUGACUCCUAAAUAUCUUGAUACCAGUAUGUGGGGUUUUUUCCCCUUUUUUCUUUGCAUCAUUCUGUUUUUGAUGGAAGAAAAGGAUCUCCAUUUUCGCUGUUGUGUUCAUUGUUCAUUGUUGGUAUUUUUUUCCUCAGCUAUUGUCAUUUGUUCUACGUUGGUGUUACAUAUAGUUUAGUUCUCGAUGUUGUUCAAUUGAUAUCAUUAAAAGCCACAUUUCAUUGUUUCAUAAAAUAAAAACUUUGGACAGGUUUUGCUAACCACAGCAAGUGAUUGAAAAGUACUUUCACCUCUAGUCGGAAAGAGAAAGAGAGGGGUCUCAUUUUCUGCACAUAAUGUUGCAGCUUUUGUAUGUUGCUGGGGUAGACAAAAAGUAACAUUUUUGGUCAUUCUUAAUAAUGCCUUCUAAUCUUAUUGUGAUGCUGCCCCUACAGUCAAUUUUUGGUCUAGAUUUUUUUUUCCCUUAAGUUAAACAUUACUCACGGAAAGCCUGCUGUGGUUACACCAUGCAGCUGCUGUUUGCAAACUGUUGGCACUUGAUAACUUAUGGUACAACUGUUUUCAUUCAUCAUUUUCAUUCAUUUUCCUCAUCGACUGCAUCAUAUAUAUUUAGUCCUCAUAUUCAUAUAUAAUAUUCAUAUUAGUUUUGUGUUCAUGAAUGCCAUUCUCAUUGUUAAGUAGCUCCAUCUCCAUAUUUUGAUGUUGUAUUUUCAUGAUGAACAGUACAGUCUGACUCUGUAAAGCAAUGUUAUCCACGUUGGUUUUUUUCGUUUUGUUUUUAAACACACAAACACUUUUGACUCAUGCUCCAUUGAAAGUUUGGACGAUACCAUUUUGGAUUCACAAAUACAUGUACUACCAUUCCACAUGUUUGAUCAACUUCACCAAUCAAAUUAAAGUUUCGAUCUUUGUACAUGUUA